AUGUGUGUGGUUGCUGUGCUGAGUCCACUAUGUUUCGGCGCUCCUCGCACAUCCAAACCAUGCGAUGAAGAUGGCACAUCAAAAAAUACUCCCGGAUAUAAAGUCGCAUCGGAAAUGCUCACAAAAUCCAUAAAUUUCACGGCCGAUCCGUGCGUGGAUUUUUUCGAGUUCACUUGUGGGAGAUGGAUAACUGCGCAUCCGAUUCCUAACCACAAAACCAGCUACUCGCAAUUCGGAGUGCUUUCUGACAAGGUCCAGGAACAGAUGCGAGAUGUCUUCGAAUCGCCAGAGAUCUUCACUUCGAGGUCUAUGAACACUUUGAAGUCUAUGUAUCGCAAAUGCAUGGACAAGGAAGAGUUGAAUAGGAUAGGCUCUAAAAGGAUGCUGCAAACCAUAAGGAGUUACGGUGCGUGGCCGAUGGUGGAUGGGGACGACAAAUGGCGAGUCGAAGACUUCGAUCUGACGUCGUUGAUGAUUCACGUCAGCGAAGUGAGAGGGCUCGACGUUUUUAUCGCCAACUACGUCUCGCUCGACAACAAAAACGUCUCAAGGAGGCUUAUCGAGUUCGAUCAAGCAGAUCUCGGUUUGGGAGAGUACACACGUGACUACUACUUGGAUCGAGCCAAACACGGCAAAAAGAUUGAAGCUUAUAGACAACUCCUCAUAGGAAAGGUGAAGCUAAUCUACGAGUACGCCAAUCUUCCGAAAAACGAUGAAAAAAUCACAAAGGAUGUAGAUGAGAUCAUCGAGUUUGAGACGAAGAUCGCAAAAAUCAUGGUGGCUGAAGAGGAUCGGAGAGACUAUUCCAAAAUGUAUAACAUUAGACCUUUGAGCGAUAUGCAGAAACUAACACCCAUGAUUGAUUGGUCCAGAUACUUCCAUUCUACAGCACCUUAUUCUGUUCACAAAUAUUUUACGACUGAUCCAGAUAUCUUGAUUGUCGAAAUCGAUUAUAUGAGACGGAUCACUGAACUACUGCAAUUAACCGAUCCACGGAUAAUCACCAAUUACAUAUUCAUUCGUUUCACCUCCUCCUGGAGUGGGGAACUUGGAGAGCGAUUUGAAGAUGUCUCUCAGGUUGGUACAUCUACUACCUAUAAGUCACUAAGAGCAAAAAUAUAG